CGAAAAAAGCUCUUUUCAACUAAGUAAUCACUUUUUGUCUCUAUUGCAGAAACUGAUGUAGAAUACUUGAAGUAGGGUGUUAGUUUAGCGUGAUAUAUUGAUCCUCGAUUCGUAUGUUUGACAGGACUAAAAUCUGUGUUGUGAGAAGAUUCUUGAAACGACUCAUUAUAUAUACUAGUUGUAGUAAUGAAAUCUGAAAUCCUCUGAAAUCUACAUACAUACAUUGAUGGUCCUCGCGUGAUAGCCUUUGAUAUCCCCUGUUUGGACUGGAGUCAUUUUCACACUUUCGCUGGAGCAAACGCAUACAACAACUGCUAUCCCCUUAGCUAGUUUAAGUCUGGAGGUCUUGGCUAUCAUAAUCAUGUUACCCUAAAUCUUCAGAAGUCCCUUCACACAUGUUAUCUACUUCUGCGCAAAAUUUUUACUUAAUAUUUUAGUAUAAACAUCUUCAAAUGAUCUUCCUAGUGGGAGGACACCUAACCUAACCUACAUCUUCAAAUCAUCUUGAUCAUCUAUUCUUGUCGCUAGUAUAUAGGUCUUCAGCUUUGAUGAAAUAGAUCAUGCCUACAACACCGAAAAACUGCCGCGUUAUCGCUGCUGUUCCAGAUUCAGAGAUGCCGACUUCACGCAUCGAAACGCUGAACCUCAAGACUCGGGGUGGCGCACUACAUCAGAAAGUUACGGCUCCUCUAUCACUAUCAUCCCGGUCCCUUGUGAACAACUAGUAUACUAUCUAUGUGUGCAGCUCCAGCUCCUGAGAAGUAAUGUCCUCACCGUCAAAGGGGAAAGACACAAAGGGAGAAACAAGAAGGGAAAUCACAAAUCACGACUCUAAAAAAUGAAGCAAUAGCGAAGCCAAGGGUCCUCCUCGUCACCCCUCGGUCCUCCGUUUGACUGCCUCCACCAGUUCUUGUGGAGGCGCAAACGAAUGGUCAGAACAAGAGCUUUCUACUACGGCAGGAGCCGAAGAGGAUCCUGGUGCAGAAUCUUUAUCUUGCGGAGGUGGACGAGUUCUUCCAGUUCAAGUCCAGCAGCACGGUCCUCGUGUGCAUUGGGGAGGUGAACAACUUCCAGAAGACUCGGAUAGUACAGGCUUCUUCGAGCAACAAGAACGCAGAGCAGAGAUGAGCCGGAACGUCAGUUUGCCGAUGGACCGCGUAUUGCGACUCCUAGAGUAUGAGACACAGCGUUUGGAAAUACGUGAAGGUGUCCCAGAUGUCUCCAGUAUGGAGAAAUUGUUGUGCCGAUACGUUUCCUACGAAGUAGAAGAUUAUGGUGGUCAACAAGAACAUUUUGUGGAGGAUGGACCCUCUACUGAUCUGGCGGACGUGGACAUGCUGACGGAAGAAUUUGUGUUAAGGCUGUACCUAAAAAUUAUACAACAGAUUGACAAUCAUUAUGUUCAUAGUAGAUGAUACAACGAACAGCUGACAGUUGUGACAUAAAGUAGAGUGGACGCAUGAUCGAUCCGUGAUGAAAUCAUGUAUAAUGGACGAGCAGGAGUAUCUACUUAUCCUAAGUAGGGGCUGUAUGGACGAGGAGUAUCUAAGAUCCUAAGGGGCCCGUAGGUACUUCCCCAGAAGUAGACUCUUCGAGGAUGCACUUGAAAGAUGAAUCACGGACCACAGCUCUAAUCGUGGAGCAGCAGAAUAACGACCUGGAGGCGAAUCUGUUGGGUGAAGUAAUGCGCGAGCUCUUACGACAGAGGCGUCUCCGCGACAAGGAGGAAGCUGCACGAGAGCAGCAGAAGGAACAGAUGAAGAUGCCGGUUGCGGAGAGCAAAAACAAAACUCUUCAAACACCUGUUAGCAAGGCAAACGCGGCAAAGGGGUCUACUUCCAAUCAACAUGCCCAAGAAAACAAGAAGGCGUCGAAAAAAGGCUGCAACGUAAUUCUGAGUCGUCUUCUUCCCAGUCUUCUCCGCUUAUAUGACGUUACAGCGAUAUUGACGCACCAUGCUGCGGAUAGCGACCACAAGAUAGCGAUGUUGCAGCUGCGCUUGUUGUUGCGUUCAGUCAUUCUUCAACGCUUGCUGCCCAAACAGCCGCGUGCUAAGGAUGUCAUCCGACAGCUCGAGACCGAGAUUUUGGAGCAGAGUGGACCACCACAGAAGAGUGGAAGGAAGGGGAAGAACAACACCCUUGUGGAACGACAAGAAGAAGCACGACUGAAGCAUCAAAACAUCAUGAAUGAAGCCGGCGGAUUUUCCUCGACGACUGAUAUCUUUUCCUCUUCAAGGCAUGCGGAACAAGACGACUUUGAUGGCAGCAAAGACUCCCUUGCCGGUGGAGACAACAUCACACAACAAGAAGAUGUACUUUCAAACAGAGUUUGGCUUUCAAACGAUCCGAAUCUUGAGCUUGACGUGAGCAAGACUACAGGAUCCAGAAUGAAGAAGAACAUCAAGAAUGAGCAUCCUCGGAGAGGACCCGGCACUCAUGGUGGCUUGACUGCUGAUGCACUUGCACGCUUAGAUGCAGCCACGGACAUCAAUAACAAGAACAAAGGCAUCUUCACGGAGGACGAGCGAAAGAAACACAAACAGAACGAGCGCGAUGUUUGUAAACGGCUCGUUCGAAUCCGAUAUGAGACCUGGGAAACGAGGGGGUUGAUCGCAGAAGCUCUAGUUCGCGAGAUUAGAGUCCUAGCACCGAAUCGGAUGCGCGCCCGCAUAGUUUGCAACAGCUUGCCGCACAUAUCAAGGUUGUUCGCGGACGCUCCGAUUGAGUUCCAACUUCAAUACCUCUCGAAACCUGCGUUUCUACUGGCGAAAUUCAUGCUUCAGGAACAAGAUCUGCUAGAGCAGCGGGAAGAUCAUGAAGAACAAAACGAAGACUUGUUGCCAGCUUCGCUCCUACUAGAUGCGGUGAAUACGUUUGUCUUUGGCUUGCUAGAACGUGUCAUUGCCGCAGACAAUGUGGUCACUCCGUUUGCGAAGGAACUACAAUUGGAGAGUGUCAAUCUACCAACCAGAGUUACAUCUCUAGGGUUGCCAACUGGGUGUCAAUCUACAACAGCAACACCCCAACCAGAGUUACUUCUCCUGCUUCGAAAUUACAAGCAACUUAAGCGCGCUUCGCAUGCUAUUAUUAAGGCUCCUCAACUUGUUUCAAUGGUCACCAUUAUAAUUUAGGUUGGAGUCACUGAGAUCGAAGAGGCGGCCCCUUCUUGAGAGAACCAACAGGGGAAAUAAACGAAGGGGAAGGUGGGGAGAGCUUUGAAGGGGGGUCUCUUCCGUUCAGAGUCGUGACGACCGUCGCCAUUGAGUGCUGAGCUUUAAUAGUAGUGUUAGAUGGGUAGACUUUCUGCGAAGGUGUCUGGACCAAAUUUGUCGUGCAGCUGCCAUGCUGCCCUUCGCCAAUUCGCCUACUAUCGCCAGUCGACGCACAACUCAAGCUGGAUCAGAGCUAGAAGCUUCUCCCCUGGGGCUUGCAAGCUUCGUCUACCUCGCAGAGUGUCACUCCGCGACCUUGCUCUACCAUCCCAACAGUACUGCUCCUCAGCAAAGUGCUAUGUUGAUGCAGCAGAACAACAACCUCUACGUUGGCACUUCGCAAGGGAAACGAGAUCCACUAGAACAAGCUCGAGAAGACGAGGAAGUAGGCAAUCGUCCCUAUUUCUUUUGGGAAGAUGCUGACUCGUCAGAUUCAUGUGCAGCUGAUGAAGAUCAAGAUAUAAUACUAGAUGGUCAACAAGAAGAACAAGAACUGCAUCUUCAACAGCAUGAACAUCGUACAACUCGUAGUCGUACUAGUAGUACAACAACCAAUAGUAAAAUAAGCGACACAGAUCGUCAUGCAGUUGCUGACUUGAAUACGUUCUUAGUGCCAGAAGUUAAGUUUCACGUUUCAACCAACAGAAAUGGAGGAGUUGCACUUCUCAAGGACCAAACAAUAGAAGUGGAUCAUGUCAUGCGUGUCAAUGAUAAUAACAAGAAUCAGGACGUGAACGCGAAGAACUACACGCAUAUAACGAGCGAAAGCACGAUGAGAGCUACAACGACAGCAAGCACUAGUAGUACACGACAUCGCCAAAGUUGUAAUCUGUUAUCAUCCCAAAAAUCCGUCGUACUACGUCCCUCAACAUCAAGAAACACCAAGAAUUUUUCGUAUUCCCACUAUCUUCCCCGAGUAUUCUCUUUACGCGUGCGACUGAAUCUACUACAGGACACCUUGGAUACACUCUUGGUGAACCAAAAGUAUGCUUGUGCUUUCCAUCUUUUUGAUUCGGUGCUGGUCCCUGCUGCAUAUGAACUCUGGCGGAAGGAAACUGAACAGAUCGUCUUGACCGAGGAGGCGAAACAGAUGAGUUGUGGUGCUGGUGGUGGUAGCAUUAUUAAGGGUAGGUUAAAGGUGCUUUUCUUACCGCUUUUUAUGCCUCUCCUAAGGGAGAAAGCCAUAAAAAGCGGGGUAAGCAAGCACCAAAAGCCUACCUCUAACAUUAGCAGGAGUACAACUUCCACGACAACUUCCAGCGAUGUACUACUAGUUGCGAACAAGCAGCCACUUGCACUUUCUUUAGACGCGGCUGCUAAUGUUAAUGUUGCUGCACACUACAACAGUUGUGUCCAUAGAAUGAUGAAGAAGCAAGAGAAGUUAGCGGAGCUACUCUUACCUCCCAGACUAUAUCUGGAACUUCUAACCGCUCUGUCCAGCGCCCAUCAGGCCGAAGACGAGAGUGUUUCUAGACGAAAACUGCAGGAUGCACUAGCAGCACGUCGUGGUAAAAAAAAAACUCAAGGUCAAGAUACAAACAACCAAGGUCGUGCUGUAGUUCAGAACCAGAAUCAGAAAAAUGAACCUUCUCUCCAAGGAGCACCCCCAGCAGCUGCGUCGUCCAUUCGGGAUACCUUGCUGCGUCAUGUCGGUGUCCACCAUGCUCAAAUCCUAGACUCAACUAGCCGAACAGCACUUUAUCGAAGGAUGGAGGAAAUGCUCGCUCUCUUCACUUUACCACCUAACCGUAGGAGUAGUUGCACAGGUAGUUUUGAUGUCGUGAAUAAGGGAGAAGGUGGUCCUCGUGGUAGCUGCCCUACAAGCGCAGUUGGUGGAGCGAGUCCUGGUUCUGCUUCGCCGGCACAUACAAGUCCUGGCGCAGUUGGUGGAGCGAGUCCUGGUUCUACUUCGCCGGCACACAACAAAUCUGGAGUGAUCAUGAAGGAAGACAAAAAAGCUACCCGGGCUCGUAGAAUCGCUACCAUAGGCGUUGCUGAGACGUUGAGGUUCGAUAAGUACUAUGAUCACGUGAUUCGAGCACACAUGGCCGCGAGUACUGCUGCAGAUGGAGUAUCCCCAGAACAACGGCAACAAUCAUCUUCCCUAUACCCCGGGGGAGUUCCCCUCGUGGUUCUUCUUCCACUAAUGGCUUCUGUGAAAAGCGAUGUUUGGAAUAGUGUUUUAGCUCUGGAGAAAGAGAAGCAAUACGUGGACCAGAUUGCAGAAGAGGAAGCAAACGCAAAUAAUAGUAAUUCUCAACAACAAGAAAAUGAUCGUGGCGGCCGACAUCUGCAUGAAUGGAAACAGUCACUCGAAGCGGCCAAGCGGAGAGUGAGAAAGCUAACAGAAAAAGCGAUGAAAAAGGUUUUCGACGAGAUCGCUGUGUCUCUCACUGUUCAGGAUGCCCACGAGUUGCUUGGUUACGCGUUGAACCUAGCUCGCCUUCUCUGCUCACGUAGAGCUGUCACGGCAGUCGGAUUUUUGGACAAGCAGGCAGCAGGAGAUUAUCUUCAGUCGGCUUUCCUCACCGACCUCGAAAAAUAUUGCAGUAAUAUAGCAACCAAACUGGACCUGGAAAAGUCGAUGGCUGCACAGAACUCUCACGCCAAUGUCUUUCAGCACCUAGAAAAAACAUCUUUCUUGCUUACCGACGUGCGCAACGCAAUCAAGAAGGCAGCCUCAUGGACGCAUCAAUAGACGCAUCACCAUCAUGCCUCGUGGACGAAGCAACGAAAAUAUACAGCUGCGAGUACUACAACAUUUAUUCAUUACCACCAUGAUCAAGCAGCUUGAGGUAAUAUAUACUCAAGAAUAGAGGCACAACAUCAAAAAUUGACCGCGAUGUAAUGCAAAUAUAGAAGAUCCGCGACUACAAGAAGUAAGAGGAUCAUCAGGUGGAACAGAAGAACUACGAUUACACCUUGGAGGUCGCCUAACAGACUAUUCUUCGUUCGAGCUGACGCUUCGAAGGUAUUCUAAUCACUUAGAAACGUUCGUGCAUCUACAAAAACAAGAGCAUUCUCACAAUGUAGUAGUAGUUAUCUACAAUAGACUUUUACUUAUUUUCCCGCCCCCACGGACGCUGCAAUUUAUCUACCUCUUCAUGAGCAAGAACAGAACGAUGACGGUUAAUAUCGUGGUCUUCGAGAUGUAAAAAUUUGCUGUGGAGCUACAUAAAAAUCAUCAUUGGUAAACAUAAUCAUUUGCUUCGAGAACGUUUAGGUGGAGCUACUGCUACAUAAUCAGCCUUCGUAAAAAUAUUUUCCUUCUCCGCUCCCCCUCCUGCUCUGAGCAGAAAAAAGCGACAUAUAUUCGCGACCGCGUCAUCACCCUCUUUUGGUUGUCCCGGUCCCCUGCUCACGCUGAAAACUUUUACACACAGCUGCACCCUUUCCUUGUCUUGUAAUAUUUCUCAAUGGAGGGUCCCCUUUCGUUGAAGAACACCAACAGAAACUUCAUCUAUUAAACUAAGUACUUAUACGGUCGUGCUUACCCUGUUGCACAUUAUGAAAAAAGUAGUGACGUGGAGUUCGUGG